AUGGACAGUGACACCGAUGGUGAUGGCGCCGACGAUAGCACCAACGUCGACCUCGACCUAGAGGGAAGUACCAGUGGUGAUAGUAGUAAUGAUAAUAGUCCCCACCUUCUAACCAGCCAAGGGGACACGGGUGGGGAUCCUGCCUUGAGUAAGCCCUGGGGUAUCGCUGGUAGGACGCUGAUUGAGCUAGAGGGGGACAGGUUCAGCGCCUCGCUAGUGGCCUACACGGCGAUCCGCGGCCUCCAGGUGGGCGAGGAUGGCCAGCUAGCCUUUUACAAGCCGUACAACUACACCACCAUCCUCGCCGGGCUAAUCUGGGUCGCCUGGCUGCUACUCCUGGAGUUCGCCCUGCCAACACAUGGGUACCACCUAAUCCCUGACAUCCACCCGCGGGCAUUGAUCUGGAACCAUGCCCGGCGGGCGACGCAGGUCCACCAGGCCUAUGGCGGUCGGCCCAGCUUCUCCCCCAUGACCGAGCUGCUUUGCCUGAUGGCGGGUAGCAUGCGCAUCGUGCGCGACCAGCCGCAGCGGCCCACCAUUUCCUAG